CAUUACAAACCCCAUUCGCCAAACUUUUGGAUAUUUAUCGUGUUUUUGUUAUUAAUUCGUCUUUAAAAUGUUUUAUUUUAUUUAUCUUACUUACACUUGUAAACAGAGGACCGCUAUCUUUCUUGUUUCUUAUUACGCUUCGAACGCCUACGCAGCUCCAGUUGCAUUAUGGGAUACAUUAACGGACCGCAAGUGUGCAUCGCUUGCAUACUCAAACAUGGCUGCCCAAUAACAGGGCUUGACGUCACAUCCGGGAUCUGUCCAGAACGUUACAGAAUCUUGUACAGUAGCUUCGCGUGCUUUCCAUGGAAGAGAGUCGUGAUGUCAUCAGCCUGUCCUGUGGUGUGGGAAUGUUUGCUUGACAGUUCAGAGCGUCUUUAUGCACAUGAGCAGCGUUUAAUAACGGUGGAAAUGCUCUACAAACACUGCUGAGAACAAAAAACUGAGCUUUUAAUCACUGACAACAGUGACACCUGUGUUCUAGCAGCUUACUUUGUUUACUGUUUCUUGGAUUACAUCUGACCAUCAGGACAAGUACCCAUUAGCAUAAGUGUUGAAACGUGUUGGGUAAAGACACCAUCCAGUAAAAGUAAGGACAGAGUGCGCUGUAGCCAUGCUGUGCUGGGGAAAUGCAUCAUAUGGCCAGCUUGGAUUGGGUGGGAUUGAUGAAGAGAUUGUAGCAGAGCCCCACAAAUGUGAAUUCUUUAAAGGAAAGUUGGUGAGAGAUGUAGGCUGCGGAAGAAGACAUACUGUCUUUCUACUUGGGGAUGGAACUGUGUACACAUGUGGUUGCAAUGAUCUGGGACAGCUGGGGCAUGACAAGGCUCGCAAGAAACCAGAACAAGUUAUGGCACUGGAUGCUCAGAACAUUGUUGCAGUAUCUUGUGGUGAGGCUCAUACUCUUGCUCUAAAUGACAAUGGACAAGUUUUUGCAUGGGGCCUGGCUUCUGAUGGACAGCUUGGCCUUGCCAACAUGGAGGAAUACGUGCGUGUGCCUAGAACUAUCAAGAGUUUCUCAGAGGUCCACAUUGUCCAGGUCGCCUGUGGGUAUCGGCAUUCUCUUGCUCUUUCUAGAAGAGGACAAGUUUUUUCCUGGGGGCAAAACAGGUAUGGGCAGUUAGGCUUGGGUCAAGAGGGACCAACAGUCCCAACUCCACAGAUUAUCCAGUCUUUAGUCGGCAUCCCAUUUGCCCAGAUCUCGGCAGGAGGUGCACACAGUUUUGCACUUUCUCUUUCUGGGGCUGUUUUUGGUUGGGGGCGAAACAAGUUUGGUCAGCUAGGCUUGAAUGAUAAUAAAGAUCGAGGUUUUCCUUCCUUACUGAAAACACUCAGGUCCCAAAGGGUUGUUUUUAUAUGCUGUGGAGAGGAUCACACUGCAGCACUGACAAAGGAGGGAGGCGUAUUUACAUUUGGAGCUGGGGGUUAUGGCCAGCUGGGCCACAACACCACAAACCACGAGGUUAACCCCCGAAAGGUUUUUGAGCUUAUGGGAAAUGUAGUUACACAAAUCGCAUGUGGUAGGCAGCACACCCUAGCAUUCAUCCCAUCCUCUGGAAAGAUAAAUUCUUUUGGUCUUGGAGGAAAUGGACAGCUUGGCACACAUUCAACCUGCAACAGAAAGAGUCCUGCUCUUGUUAAGGGCCAAUGGAAAGCGCACAAUGACCCUACACCAAUAGACACAGAGGCUGAACCUUGCUACUGUGUGAAGAGGAUUUUUGCUGGUGGCGACCAGAGCUUUGUUUAUUGCUGCUGCCCUCAGAAUGGCUCUCCUCCAGAGGAUCUACGAAUACAAAAUUCUGAUCGACACCUCUUAACCCUGAAUGACAACCUUAUCCAAAAAUGGCUAAACCAUGCACAUGGGAGGCUGUCACCAGAAACAACAGAUGAGAUUGAUCUUGUGUUCUCCUCAUCAAGUUGCUUAAAUGGAAGUUUUCUUACUAAAAGUCAUCCAGAUCACUACAGCACUAGCAGUAAAUGUCCAGGAGUAGAUGUGAACAUGGCUCGCCUCCUUUUCCACAGACUUAUUCAGCCUGAUCAUUCACAAAUCUCCCAAAUAGUUGCUGCUAGUUUAGAGAAGAACUUAAUUCCCAACCUGAGCAGCUCUCCUCCAGAUAUUGAGGUGCUACGACUCUACAUCACACUUCCACAGUGUCCUUUGUUUAACAACCCAAACACCUACAUCACAAUUGCCAUCCCAUUUGCCAAGACAGUCACCAGCCUCAGCAAUGCUCCCCUCAAAGUGCUUGGAAACUGGUGGUCUCACCUGGAUUCAACGUUUUUUCAGGGACUUGUAGAAUUGUAUAAGGAGGUGGUUGUGUACCUGCUCCGGAUGCAGAAAGUGGGUAUUUCAUCAUCUGAGCGUAGGACAUUUAACACCUGUAUUAGCAGCUGUCUAAAAUUUCUGGAGAUUCUAUGCUUGGUAAAUGAGAGGGGUGGCCAAAUCAUUCAGUAUGACAAGUUUUAUAUACAUGAGCUGGAGGAGCUUGUGGACAUUAGAAGUGAUUAUGUAACCUGGAUUCAGCAGCAGAUAUUUUCCACGGCCAUGGAUUCUCAAGUCACACUGUGUAAAUAUCCGUUUAUAUUUGAUGCCCAAGCAAAGACCACACUGCUUCAAACUGAUGCUGUUAUACAGAUGCAGAUAGCCGUGGACCAAGCUGAAAGACAGAACUUCAGCUCUUUAUUCCUGCCUGGUGGCAUGAUGGAGUCUGUAAACCCCUGCCUCAUUCUUAUUGUGCGCAGAGAAAAUGUUGUUGGGGACACCAUGGAAGUUCUGCGAAAGUCCAAAAAUGUGGAUUAUAAGAAACCUCUAAAGGUUAUCUUUGUUGGAGAGGAGGCUGUGGAUGCUGGAGGAGUGAGAAAAGAAUUUUUUCUCCUGAUUAUGAAAGAACUGCUUGACCCCAGAUAUGGCAUGUUCAGGUACUAUGAGGACUCUAGACUCAUCUGGUUUUCGGGCAAGACAUUUGAAGAAGUUGACUUGUUCCACCUCAUUGGAGUCAUCUGUGGUUUGGCGAUCUAUAACCUGACUAUAGUAGAGCUGAACUUUCCUGUAGCUCUGUACAAGAAACUCUUAAAGAAAACUCCCACUUUGGAGGACCUGAAAGAACUCAUGCCCAUUGUUGGCCGGAAUCUACAACAGUUGCUGGACUACACUGAAGAUGAUGUUGAGGAUACAUUCUGUUUAAACUUUACAAUCACAGUUGAAAAUUAUGGGGCAACUGAGGUUUUGGAGCUGAUACCUAAUGGAAUUAACAUCAGUGUCAACAAUGAUAACAGGCAAGAAUUUGUGAAUGCAUAUGUUGACUACAUCUUCAACUCAUCCGUGGCCCCUCUUUUCAAUGCCUUUUCUGCCGGCUUCCACAAAGUAUGUGGAGGGAAAGUUCUGGAGCUUUUUCAGCCAAAUGAACUUCAAGCUAUGGUAAUAGGAAACACCAAUUAUGACUGGAAAGAACUAGAGAAGAGUACAGAGUACAGGGGAGACUAUCGGGCUGAACACCCAACCAUCAAACUGUUCUGGAAGGUUUUCCAUGAGUUACCUUUGGAAAAGAAGAAGCAGUUUCUGUUGUUCCUCACAGGUAGUGACCGUAUUCCCAUUCUGGGUAUGAAAAGUCUAGCUUUGGUCAUUCAGUCAACAGGAGGUGGUGAACAAUAUCUUCCUGUUGCCCACACCUGCUUCAAUCUUUUGGAUUUGCCGAAGUAUACAAGCCUUGAAACCCUUAGAGAAAAACUUCUGCAUGCCAUAGAACACAACCAAGGAUUUAAUCUGGUCUGAAGAAAGGUGUUCUGGAACAAAAUGACUACUUUCCAACUACAGACUAUUAAAGAACAACAGCUACAUUUGCUCAAAAUUGAUUAGCAAACUUUCAUUUGUUUGCUACUAAACAGCAAUUACAAGCAUUGUUUUUUCACUAUUUUAUUUUAGCUUCAAAUUUUUUGACAUGUUGUGAUGGACACUAUAAUCUUUUUUCUGCUCAUUAGUUACAUCUGCCAGAUAAACACUAUUAUGUUGGGUUUUUAUUAUUAUUUAGUAACAAGAUGACAAAGUCUAAGUAGUAACAGUUUUUUUACACAAAAUUGCUGCAGUGGUGGACUCCUUUUGCGCUAUGCCAUCAAUAAAAUGUACAGUUUUGAGUUCUUGUCAUUUUUUAAAUAAUAACUUGAAAAGGCCUUUAAACCUGAUAAUACAAAAGCUGUGUAUCAGAAAGCAAGUGUUAUUCAACUUGUCUAGAUUUGGUCUUUGCUUACAAAAAAAAAGCUUUAACUUAAG